UAUAUAUACACCUCACACCCUCGUCCCACUUCAAAAACCAGAGCUCAAGCUCAAGGUCAAGUCUGGAAAAAGUAGACCAAAAAAAUCUUCGAAUCGCUUCCAGUGAUGAAAUCAUCUGUUCUGAUCCGAACCAGUUCCAUUGGCCUCGCCGUCUCCGGCUCCCCUAGAGUCUCCCUCUCCCGCUCCGACUCUCUCUCCGGCCUCUUCUCGCCUGAGAAGACCAACGCCGCCGCGUCUCCGAGGAUCUGCCUCCAGCUCGACGUCAACAGCCGCCGCGACAGGGAGACCAUCCGGCGGGCUCUCUCCGACAGCAAUAUUCUGCGAUCGGACUCCGGUAAGGCGAGGGGCGGAAGGUCGCCGGGGAGCGGUAUUCCGGAAGCCGAGAUGGAAUUUAACGGCGGAAGCAAGACGGUGACGAACGAGAGAGAGGAGCGGAGGAAGAUGGGAGCGUAUUAUCUGGAGAUGCUCAAGUCUAAUCCCAGUGAUCCUCUCCUUCUCAGAAACUACGGCCAGUUUCUGCACGAGGUGGAGAAGGAUAUGGUGCGAGCUGAGGAGUACUAUAGCAGAGCAAUAUUGGCUAGUCCCGGAGACGGCGAGGUGUUGUCGCUGUACGGGAAGCUGAUAUGGGAGAGUCAAAGGGAUAAGGAUCGAGCCAAAUCUUACUUUAACCGGGCGGUUUCGGCCUCACCUGACAAUAGCAUGGUUUUGGGAUCCUUUGCAAGCUUCAUGUGGGAAGCAGAGGAAGACGAAGAAGAUGAUGAAGAAUUCAACAGUAACAGUACAACUGCUCAAGUCUCAUCAGCAGCUGAGCUAGUUCCAGUGUUUUAGCAUGAACUUGAUGUAUUACACUAUGUUGCGCCAAGUCACAUGAGGAUAUCGGUCUAUGAGAAAAGCCUUUUUAGCCUUCUACUGUAACACUAAGUCACUAACUAACGUGAAGAAACAAGAAAUAAAUAGCUAUGCUAAUGGAGCAUGUAGGUACGAAUCUACGUAUCUCUAUGAGCUCAAAUCUAAGCUAUAGCUAAGUACGUGGGAGAUUCUAGUCUUCAAGAGGAUAAGAGUUGGAGAGUUCAUCAAUCUCUUCUCUAUGUCAAUAUAUAUACACUAAUCUAAUGUGUGCCAUCCUGCAUAUUUUGUAUCUCUUGAGAGUGUAAACUUGCUUGGAAAAUGAUAAUAAAGUCAAAUGAUCACUUGUAUCGUGUUCAUUGAUAAAAUCUUCGCAAAGAUUAUUUAGGUUAACAGCGAUUUAAUAUGGUAAAAAUGUGACGGACCAUUUUUUUUAUUUUUUAUGUCAUUUGAUAAAAGCCCAAAAUUCAAAUCUCAUC